AGAUAAGACCAACAAAUAUAUACUACGGUAGCUGCGACAAUAUCACCACAGCCUCAAAAACAACACAACAAAUUGUUGUUCCAGGAAAACCCUAAAAACUUCAAUUCUUCCUCCCCCAUUUCCCUACUGCUGCACAAACCGAAGAAGCCUCAUUUCUCAUUAUUUGCUAUAGCAAGUUCAAAACACGCACAGUACUAUGGACUCCACAACCACAGGGACAGCACAGGUGACCCCUUCAUCACAGCCUCCUUUCACAGGUAUACGAGCUCCUCUCACUAUUGAUGAUUCCGAUGAUUUCGAGUAUUCUUCCUCAUCUCUUAGUAAUGGCGAAAACAACAGUAGCAUUUCUGAUGCUUACACUAGGUCUGCUUCUGAAGCUUCUAUUAGCGGUGAGGAUGGUUUUGACUCUAAUUCUGAGAUGGAUUACUCUGACCGAGAACCAGGCCCAAAUGACCAAACCCUUAACCACUUUGAUUAUAGGCCUUCUGUGGAAUACUCAGAGGGUGAAAGUGUUGAAGUAAAGAGUAAUCUCGAUGAAUUUGAUGAUGAUUAUAUAUCUUCUUUAACUGGCCCAGAUGUUGGAAAUGUGGGACAUAGUGGUUUUAGACAAGGUAUACCGAUUGCCUUGUUGUCAGUGGACAAUGAUGAUGAUUCCGAAGGUAGUGUAGUAAUGGAAGAUUUCAAUGAUGGUUUCUCUGGCUCUGACCGCUCUGUUAGAGUUCCAACUUAUACUACAGUGUUAGAGAGGAUAGGAGGAAGUGCACCUAAAGUUAGAGUCCUCAAUGUCGAAGGUGAGGAGUUAGAAUGCAAUGAGAAUGCAAUUGAACCAGAUGUUGUAGUGGAUGAAGGUGGGGUGGAAGAUGAGAAUGCCCAAGAAAAACAGGUUGUUGUAGUAGAUUCAGUGUUGAGUGGUAAAACGAAGAGUUUGGUUUCUGAUUAUGUCCAACACCAAAUUAUUGCUCACUGCACUGUUCCUGAUUCAGUGCCAGAUUGUGAUGUUGAAGAGAUAAAAGUAGAAUGUAGGGUGACAAGUAAAGAGCAGCUGGAAUCCACUGGCAUGCAAUUAGAAGAAGAUAGAGAGUUUGUGAACUUGGAUAUUGAUUCUAAACUUCCUGUUGUUUUUAAGUGGGUAAUUGAAGCAGAACCUAAGGAGUUUAAUUUCUUCGGAAUGGGGAUUGCCAAAAGUAACUUACAGGUUGGAGAAACUGCUUGUCUCACUCAAAUAGCUAAGAAUGAGAUCCAAGACAGCAUAGUCAAGCAAGAAAUCAUUAAGGGUGAUGAAGUUAAGAGCAGUGAUGGUGCAGAAAAUGUUCAAAUAUCAGCAGCCCAGGAUCAGUUAUUUCCCCUGAGUGGCACUGAAGUGGAUACAACUCAUGGACUUGCAGAAGGAGAUGAGUUGUCAAGAGAUUCCAACAUUUCUCAAUCUAUGGCAAUCAAUUCCCUUCCAGAGUUACAGAUAAAUAAUAAUAAAGAUGAUAAUUGUGCAUUCAAAUCAGUGGAAGAUGAGGAAAAUUCAUUUUCAUUCAACAACGAUGAUGGAUUGACCUUUGAAGAUUCUGGAGUGAAGGAAACCAUCGAUCAAUCAGACUAUCGGUUCAGCUGCCUGGAUCAUGUGCAGAAUAUAGAUGGUGAAGUUAUUACAGACUCAAAUGGAGAGGUGGACACAAUUGAAGAAAACAAAGAGAAAGAAACAUUUGAAACUGCUGGAUUAGGAUCCACACUUGAACCUUCGGGGAUUGUUUCCCAACUGAAGGAUUCUAAUAUUUCUGCUCCUUCAGAUCAUUCAGUUGAACAUAAAGCACAAGGAAUCUUAAGUGAAGCAGAAAGGAGUAGACUUGAGAAGAUACAGCAGUUGCGCUUAAAAUUUUUGCAUCUAAUCCACAGACUAAAUCAGCCUCCUGAAGAUUCCAUAGCUGCACAGGUUUUUAGUUGUCUAGCACUUGCUACAGGGAAGCCAUUUGCUCAAACAGAAGCACUGCAGUUUGAAUCAGAUGGUAGGAACAACCUGAACUUGUCUUUGAAUGUCUUGGUUAUUGGGAAAACUGGAGUUGGCAAGAGUGCUACUAUAAAUUCCAUUUUCCAUGAAGACAAAGCAGUGACUGAUGCAUUUAAACCUGCCACAACCACUGUGAAGGAGAUGGUUGGGACAUUGGAGGGAGUCAUAGUUAGAGUCUUGGACACUCCCGGUCUCAGAUCUUCCAUCGCAGAACAAAUAUAUAACCGCAAAGUGCUGCUGUCUAUAAAGAAGGCCAUGAAAAGAUGCCCUCCAGAUGUUAUCCUUUACGUUGAUCGUCUGGAUACACAAACUAGAGAUCUUUGUGAUUUGCCAUUGUUGAAAUCCAUCACCACAUAUCUUGGUCCAUCAAUAUGGGAGAAAACCAUUGUUACCCUGACCCAUGCAGCUUCAAGUCCUCCUGAUGGAUCAACUGGGAAACCCUUAAGCUAUGAAAUGUUUGUGGCUCAGAGAUUGCAUGCUAUUCAGGAGUUGAUUAAACAUUCUGUUGGUGAUUUGCAUAUAAUGAAUGCUGGUUUGAUGAAUCCAAUAUCUCUGGUAGAAAACCAGUCUUUAUGUAUGAGAAACGGAAAUGGACACAGAGAAAAUUGGAGAUCUCAGCUACUGGUCUUGUGUUACUCAAUGAAGAUUGUGUCAGAAUUAAGUAGGGAUCCUUUGGACCCUGACUUUGAAAUGUGUUGGCCUCCUCUUACAUAUUUCCUAUCUUCUGUACUCCAAUACAAUGUUCAUCCAAACUGUGAAGGUGAGGAUGUGGACUCAGACAGUAAUAGUAAGCCAGCAUAUUUGUCUAAUUCAGGCAAAGAAGAUGAAAAUGAGGGUGAAUCAUCAAGCAGAAUUCAUACUGGACCUAUUUUCAAGUUGCGUGGAUGGGACUGUGAUUAUGGAUAUGAUCAACCUACCCUUAUAUGGGGAAGAAGGUGUAAAGUAGGCGUUAGGGCGGAGAUGAACAAGAAGCUAAAUGGUGGGAUAUGCAUCAGGACAAGCAGCUCGGAUUAUAGUCAGAUUGGUAUACUAUGUAUAAUAAUAACAGUAGUGAAAGACAUAAUAAGGAAGAUCUAUCCUCAGGAGUUGUAGUAGUUGUAAUGGUGUUGUUAUAUGUUAAAGAUGUGGCCAGCCGGCCAGGGUCUGUUUUUGAUUAAUUUUACACCUUUAUUUAUUUUUGAGAAAACACCUUUAUAUUUUAACUUAC